AGCGAACGCGGGAGACGGGUGCGCGCUCUCCGCAGACUGGUUGAGCGAGCGGGAGAGGCUCGGGGCACGUGCAGACGGGAGCCCCGCGAGUGGCGCGCCGGGGAUGUGAGUGCCCCUUGCCCUCUACGGCACCUAGCCCCCUCCCUCCCCGCCCACUGCUUCGGCUUUGGCAUUUUUUACAGUAAUCCGACCGGGUCCGCGCCCCUCCUCCCGUUCCUCAGCCAGGGAAAGAGGCCGUUCGGGUCCCGGUCAGCUGGACGGCGUAGCCGAUCGGCUAGCACGAGGCCCGCCGCGCCCCCCUUGGCCCGCGCGCCUGGGGCGGCAGCGGAAGAGGCGUCCGCGCCGCGCGGCCGCCCGGAGAGGCCGCCGCGCGCCCGCUUCCUGUUCGGCUGGUUCCAGCCAGCUCGAGGACAAAACACGCGUGCGCGCGGCGGGCGGACGGCCGGCGCGCUUGCCCCCUCAGCCGCCGGCGCCGGGCGCAGUCCGCCUUUUUCUGGAACGGCGCGGCCACGGUGCUAAUCGAUAGCAGCAGCUCUGCGCUGGGGGAACCGAGGGCGGAAAAAGGCGGGGUUGACGGCUCUUGGCUGGGAGUGGGCUGGACCGGACGCCAGAGACAAAAGGCUCUCAAGGCAAGAGGGACUGUGGCGUUGCUCGGGAUUCUGACCCCAGGACUUCUCGCCCCGUCGUUGUUUCUCUUCUGACGCGUCUCUCUUUUCCCAAGCCCGCGUCCCCUCACCCGCGACCUCGCUUCUCAGCGGGAGGCCCGCGAUGGAGGUCCCGCCCCGACUCUCCCAUGUGCCGCCGCCAUUGUUCCCCUCCGCUCCCGCUACUUUAGCCUCCCGCAGCCUCUCCCAUUGGCGGCCGCGGGCGCCGCGGCAGCUUGCCCCGCUCCUCCCUUCGCUCGCUCCCAGCUCCGCCCGGCAGGGGGCGCGCCGGGCCCAGCGCCACGUCACCGCCCAGCAGCCCUCCCGAUUGGCGGGCGGGGCGGCUAUAAAGGGAGGGCGCAGGCGGCGCCCGGAUCUCUUCCGCCGCCAUUUUAAAUCCAGCUCCAUACAACGCUCCGCCGCCGCUGCUGCCGCGACUCGGUCUGCGCGCCAGCACCCCCCGGCCGACCAUUCCGCCGCUAUGGAAGACAUGAACGAGUACAGCAACAUAGAGGAAUUCGCAGAGGGAUCCAAGAUCAACGCGAGCAAGAACCAGCAGGAUGACGGUAAAAUGUUUAUUGGAGGCUUGAGCUGGGAUACAAGCAAGAAAGAUCUGACUGAAUAUUUGUCUCGAUUUGGAGAAGUUGUGGACUGCACGAUUAAAACAGAUCCUGUUACUGGAAGAUCACGAGGAUUUGGAUUUGUGCUUUUCAAGGAUGCUGCUAGUGUUGAUAAGGUUUUGGAACUGAAAGAACACAAACUGGAUGGCAAAUUGAUAGACCCUAAACGGGCCAAAGCUUUAAAGGGGAAGGAACCCCCAAAAAAGGUUUUCGUGGGUGGAUUGAGCCCAGAUACUUCGGAGGAACAAAUUAAAGAAUAUUUUGGAGCCUUUGGAGAGAUUGAAAAUAUUGAACUUCCUAUGGAUACAAAAACAAAUGAAAGAAGAGGAUUUUGCUUUAUUACAUAUACAGACGAGGAGCCAGUAAAGAAAUUGUUAGAAAGCAGAUACCAUCAAAUUGGUUCUGGGAAGUGUGAAAUCAAAGUUGCACAACCCAAAGAGGUAUAUAGACAGCAACAGCAGCAACAAAAGGGAGGGAGAGGUGCUGCAGCUGGUGGGCGAGGAGGCACUAGGGGUCGUGGCCGAGGUGAGACUUACUUCCAGGGAAGUGACGCACUGCCUGAUACUGGCACAAUUGGACUUUCUACACCCCCCCCCCCCCCCCCCCCUUACAAUAGUGCCUAUGGUGGUGAUCAAAACUAUAGUGGCUAUGGCGGCUAUGAUUAUACUGGGUAUAACUAUGGGAACUAUGGAUAUGGACAGGGAUAUGCAGACUACAGUGGCCAACAGAGCACUUAUGGCAAGGCAUCUCGAGGGGGUGGCAAUCACCAAAAUAAUUACCAGCCAUAUUAAAAGGGACGCUGGAGAAAACAGGUGUGUAUAAGAGUUCAAGAAACCAGUGGAAAUGUCUAAUUUAAUUUAAAGAUCAAUAGACAAAUGAAAAUGAGUAAAAACAAAAUACCACGUAGCGUGUUUUUACUAAAUUGUUAAAUUUUCACUUGCUUUAUGAGCCUGUUUUGCCUAAAGUGUCUAUAGAUCUUUAACUUUAAGGUUUAUCUCACUCUCUUUAGUAACACAGAAAAACUUAAGAGUUUUUCUGUUUGCUCUGUGUGCCAGGUGGUCUAGAGGAGUAAUUAAACUUUUUUAGAACUAUUAACAGGUAAAGUACUGAAAUGGGUACAACUUAAGGAAAACAAGAAUGUUGUCUUCUAACUCUGACAUUAUACCUUGUUUGUACCCGCCAGCGGGAACUUCAUUGCAGGCCGUGUGUCACCCUGACCACGUCUAUCUCUGGGGGUCGCACGUUGCGGGCAGAGCGCAAGGCAUACACCAGAAAACGCUGUCCUGUGGUAUGGUCUCUUCCAACUUCAUGUACCAGCGUAAAGAUUAAAGUGGAAAACUUCAGACUUUGGCUUCUUUUUUAAUCUUUUUGAAGAUUAAGUGUCUAAACUUAACUUAAAUGGUUUUUUACAGGAGUUAAAGUACAUAAAUGCCUUUUUACAGCUUAAUCAUUUUGGUCUUCUGUUUAGUGUUGUAUUUCAAUUGUGGAGCCUCAUUUUAAGUGUUCAUUCUUUAAGAUUUAAUGCUUGCUUUUUCUUUUUAUAGCUAAUAGUGAAAUCUACAAACCAAAACAAGAACUUUAAAAUCUGGGAUUUAAAUUAAAGAUCAUAUGCACAUAGCAAUUUGUUGCCUUGCAAUACAAGCAUGUUAGAAAUUCAUGUUGGUAAUAGAGUUUUACAUGGCUUACUAGAGACACUUCUAGUAAACCUUGCAUCUAGCACAGUUCAACCUGUGAAUAUGAGAAGAUUGUGUUCCCUGAUUUUCUAAGUAAAUUUUAACAUCAUUUGGGAACUUCAUGGUGAGAUGAUGAUGAUUACAAUUACCCAAACUGCAUUUUGCCAUUGAAUUUGCAUGUGAUCUUUAAUUAUUCAAGAAAAGAAUAAAGUGAGAACUUAAUUCAUGAAAGUGGACCUUAGAAAGCUUGCCGGAGUUGCACAAGUCUAAUUGCCAUUUUGUUUUUGUUUUUAGGAAGAGAUUGCUAACGUAACCAUCUUGCAGGAGGACAUUGAAGAUUGGUCUUCUGUUGAUCUAAGAUGAUUAUUUUGUAAAAGACUUUGUAGUGUACAAGACACAAUUUGUGUCCAACUGUAUAUAGCCGCCAAUUAGUUUUCUUUGUUUUUACUUUGUCUUUUGCUAUCUGUGUUAUGACUCUGUGGAUUUGUGUUUAUACAAACUUUAUUUGUAUGAUUACAUGUUAAACCUCAAAUAAAUGCUUCCUUAUGUGAUUGUUUUUCUGCGUCAGGUACUAAAUAGCUCUGUAAAAGUGUAAUUUUAAAUAAGCAAUAAUUAACGCACAGUUUAUUUUGUUAGGGAGUCUUGCUCCAUAGGAAGAGGAGAAAACUGUGGUCCUUUAUGAAUAGCCAGCUACAGUGUCUGCUCUGUUCCCCUUUUUUGUUAGAUGUAUUCUAUGCUCUUAAGACUUCAUUUUUGUCUCUAACUGAGGCUCCCAUCAUAACCUUUAAUGUUGUUUUCCUCUCUGCCUAUCUGGAGACAUUGUCAUGACAGUUUCUGUAGCAUAGUUACACUGUUGUGAUUAGUGGGAGCUUUCUAGUAGACCAUGAGUCUUUGGGUAUAUUUUGAAAAAUAAAUGUUUAAUGGCACAAAGCAUGCUGGUAGCUCCUUUUAUGAAGAAAAUGUUUUGCUUUGUUUUUGUCUCCGGAAAAGCAUUUUUUAAUGGUUUGCUGUAUUCAGUGGUCUGCUAGAAAGAGCUUUGACUAAUCAUAGUACAGUAACUUUGUUUUCUUGAUUAAAAUGUCCAGAUAUACCCAUUGGGGGGGGGGGGGGGCCUUAAACUGUGUUAUAGGAGCUACAGGUUAAGAAUAUCAGAUAUAGUUAGAUUUUACACAAUUUUGGCAAAUAGGUAUGAAGUUUGAACGAAAGUUAGAUUACAAGUUUGAAGUAGUAAACUGAGUAAAUUAAUUGUAUACUAUUCUGUUGGUUUUAUGUCACAGCAAGCACCAAACUGAACAAAAUGUUUUCUCUUGGGGCAUUGUUAGGAAGCUGUACUGGGUGUUAACUGUUACAUGAUGUGAGUUCUUAGAAGGCGUGGGUAGUAGGUUUCAGUCAUUUUUUUAUGCGGUUAGUGCAUGAGCUGAGUAGUUGAGCAUGUUCACAUUCAGACAAAGAGUAAUGGAGAAGGAUGACCCUUGAUUCUUAUGUAAAUGCAAGUCUUCGGUGUGACCAAGUCAUGUCAUUACAACAGAUCUUCCUGGUGCGUUAAAAAGAAAACCUUUUAGCUCUAGAUUUGGGAGGAUAUCCUAGAUGAGUUCAAGUUUUGAAUUUCACAUUCAGUGUAGUUAACUGAGUUUAAUGUUUUCGGUUUUGUUGCUUUGGUUUCAUGUUCGCCAUUAGGAUUGGCAUACAUGUUUACUUGUGGAAUAGUUCACCUCACCUUCAACCAAGUGUAAAUUUUUUUAUGCUAAUGAACCUGCCUCUUGUUUUCUUUGGUGCCUGCAACUUUCUUUAUUCCAGUGAUGUUUGUACUUGAUGGGCUAUCAAGUUAUAAUGCUUUUGGCCUUGUUUUGCUCCUGUUUUGCUAUUUGACCUUAAUUUAAACCUAAGCCAAGUAUCACUGUUGGCUGUUGCAAGGGAUUGUUUAUUCUUUCAAUGUGCAACCUUAGGGGACAGAAAGGAGAUUUUCAUUUUAAGUUAUGUUGUCAAAAGUUAGGUGCAGUGUCUUUAGGGCAGUAAAUCUUGUAAGUUCAAAUUUAUGAUUAGGUGACAAGUUGACAUUGAGAUUGUCCUUUCCCUGAUCAAAAAUGAAUAAAGGCUUUUUUUAAACAAAA